UGAUAAACUUAUUAAAUAGAUUCGUUUGCAAUGAGCGCUGCUAAUGAUGACGUAUCUGACCGAAAUGUCGAAACGUGGAAAAUCAAGAAGCUAAUAAAAAAUCUUGAGGCUGCACGAGGAAAUGGAACUAGCAUGAUCUCAUUAAUUCUUCCACCGAAAGACCAGGUGGCAAGAGCAAAUAAGAUGUUAGCUGAAGAAUACGGAACUGCUUCUAAUAUCAAAAGUCGUGUGAACAGGUUAUCGGUGCUAACUGCGAUUACGUCUGUCCAGCAGAGAUUGAAGUUAUACAACAAAGUACCUCCAAAUGGGCUUGUUGUGUAUUGUGGAACUAUUGUGACUGAUGAAGGAAAAGAAAAAAGAGUGAAUAUUGACUUCGAGCCUUUCAAACCUAUUAACACGUCUCUUUACUUGUGCGACAACAAGUUUCAUACCGAGGCCCUGACUGCUCUUUUGACUGAUGAUACCAAGUUUGGCUUCAUUGUCAUGGAUGGUAACGGUGCUUUGUUUGGAACUCUCUGUGGCAACACAAGAGAUGUGCUGCAUAAAUUUACGGUUGACCUGCCAAAGAAGCACGGACGUGGUGGUCAGUCUGCGCUUCGAUUUGCUCGUCUGAGAAUGGAGAAGAGACACAACUAUGUGCGUAAAGUGGCAGAAGUUGCUGUCCAAUGUUUCAUCACCAACGAUAAGCCAAAUGUGGCUGGAUUGGUUCUAGCAGGAUCAGCUGACUUCAAGACUGAACUGGGACAGUCUGAUAUGUUCGAUGGGAGGUUGCAAGCAAAGGUACUCAAAACUGUGGACGUUUCAUAUGGCGGUGAAAAUGGAUUCAACCAAGCCAUCGAGCUCUCAGCAGAGGUUCUCUCGAAUGUUAAAUUCAUCCAAGAAAAGAAGCUCAUUGGUCGCUAUUUUGACGAGAUUUCUCAGGACACUGGAAAGUACUGUUUCGGAGUGGAAGACACUCUGAAAGCACUGGACAUGGGCGCAGUGGAGACUCUGAUCGUGUGGGAGAAUUUGGCCAUUCAGAGACAUGUGUUGCGACAUGCUGCAGAAGAACGAGACGUGGUCUUACACCUCACUCCUACUCAGGAGAAGGACAGGACGAACUUCAUUGCGGCUGACGGGGUUGAGUUGGAGCGGGUAGAUGUGAUGCCUCUGCUGGAAUGGUUCGCCAACAACUACAAAACAUUUGGAACUACUUUGGAGAUUGUCACUGACAGGUCUCAAGAGGGAUCUCAGUUCGUGAGGGGCUUCGGAGGAAUAGGAGGAAUUCUUCGAUAUAAAGUGGAGUUCCAGAGCGAAGAAGACUUCUUGAUCGACGGAAACCUGUCUGAUGACUCAGAUGAGGGCUUCUAGCAAUUGUGUUCUGCCCCAAAGAGGCCACCAGCCCCCGACGUCCUCACCCUCCAAAACAAGGGGACACUAGAGGGCGCUAUAAAGGGGGAGGGAGACAGGCAGUGGCAUCUAUCAUUUGGGGCGGAACCACACAACACCACACACGGACCAAGAGACGACGAGAGAAGAAUAUGCAGAACACAAUUUUCAAUCGAUCAGUUCAACAGAUCGAAACAGACCGACAGCUCAACAGCUGUCUGGCAACAUCAAUCAGUUAUGAGCAGCUGUAAGCAUAAGGAAAACAGUAGGUCUAAACAGGCGAGUUGCAAAUCAGUUGCAACCAUUCUCGUAUCGUGUCUAUAUUUAGUCCAAGUCAAUCAGACGUUCUGGUAGUCAUGCUUCGUCAACAAUUGAGAGAUGAACUUACUGUUCGCUUCCUCCAAGGCCGCAAUUUUAAAUUAUUUCAUUUUAGACUCAACUCAAAACUAGACUUAACUUUGAACUUAAUUGAUCUCUUUAACUUAUGCCUAAGGUUAAUUAUGCAAAUUUGAACUAUUUUGAAUCAAACUAUGUACUGACCGAAACUUUUAAUUCAAACUUCUACUUA